UAAAGGCGCCGGGCCAAAGCGAAGGGCGUUUGGGUGCCGCUGCCGCCACCGCCUCCACCGCCGCAGCCACUGCCCGGGCCGGGGAGGGGGUGCGUUGGAAGCAGGAAGCGAGGCGCGCGGAGGUCGUCGCGGGAGCAGCUGGUGACCCCCGGAGGAUGAACCACAAGAGCAAGAAGCGGAUCCGCGAGGCCAAGCGGAGUGCGCGGCCGGAGCUCAAGGACUCGCUGGACUGGACCCGUCACAACUACUACGAGAGCUUCUCGCUGAACCCUGCGGCCGUGGCGGAUAACGUGGAAAGGGCAGACGCAUUACAGCUGUCUGUGGAAGAAUUUGUGGAGCGAUAUGAAAGACCGUACAAGCCCGUGGUUCUGCUGAAUGCCCAAGAGGGUUGGUCUGCCCAGGAGAAAUGGACCCUGGAGCGCCUAAAAAGGAAGUACCGGAACCAGAAAUUCAAGUGUGGUGAGGAUAAUGACGGCUACUCCGUGAAGAUGAAGAUGAAAUACUACAUUGAGUACAUGGAGAGCACUCGGGACGACAGCCCCCUUUACAUCUUUGACAGUAGCUAUGGUGAACACCCCAAAAGAAGGAAACUUUUGGAAGACUACAAGGUGCCCAAGUUUUUCACUGAUGAUCUCUUCCAGUAUGCCGGGGAGAAACGCAGGCCCCCUUACAGGUGGUUCGUGAUGGGGCCACCACGCUCUGGAACUGGAAUUCACAUCGACCCUCUGGGAACCAGUGCCUGGAAUGCCUUAGUUCAGGGCCACAAGCGCUGGUGCCUGUUUCCUACCAGCACGCCCAGGGAACUCAUCAAGGUGACCCGUGAAGAAGGAGGGAACCAGCAAGAUGAAGCUAUUACCUGGUUUAGUAUCAUUCAUCCCCGGACGCAGCUUCCCACCUGGCCACCUGAAUUCAAACCCCUGGAAAUCUUACAAAAACCAGGAGAGACUGUUUUUGUACCAGGAGGCUGGUGGCACGUUGUCCUUAAUCUUGACACCACCAUUGCCAUCACCCAGAAUUUUGCCAGCAGCACCAACUUCCCUGUUGUAUGGCACAAGACGGUAAGAGGGAGACCAAAGUUAUCGAGGAAAUGGUAUAGGAUCUUGAAGCAAGAGCACCCCGAGUUGGCGGUCCUGGCUGACUCCGUUGACCUUCAGGAGUCCACAGGGAUUGCCUCGGACAGCUCCAGUGACUCCUCCAGCUCCUCCAGCUCCAGCUCAUCCGACUCGGACUCGGAGUGUGAGUCUGGGUCUGAAGGCGAUGGGACGAUGCACCGCCGGAAGAAGCGGAGAACGUGCAGCAUGAUGGGAAAUGGAGACACCACCUCCCAGGACGACUGUGUGAGCAAAGAGCGCAGCUCCUCCAGGUGACCACGCACGGCUGUUGUCUGUGUAGGAGGACAUGCCCACGGCGAGGGGCAGGGCCCUGGGGAGGGCAGCCUUUUGGAUCUGCAGACAAAGGGAGGGCCGGAGAAAGCCAGAGAACGAGGAUGCCCUUGGAAUAGGAGUCCGUUCACUUAGCAUUUGCUACAGUAGCUUUUUGCUCCGCUAUCAGUGCAAAGUAAUGUGGCUCAUUUUAUGCAUAAAGGCGAGAAUCUAUGUGGAUGGUGCCAAGGAAACCCUUAACAUUAUUUAAUAAAAACUAAAUCCAUUUUAUAUCCUUGCAACUUUUAUCCUUUGAGAAUACCAGAACCUCCCCUUGUUGCUCUUCCUGUGGCGUUGCGGGAAAGC